AUGAUUGAUACUACAAAUGAUACAAAUUUUCUACAUGCACCAAGUCCAGCUUCAUGUGAAGAAUUGGAAAACCUAUUAAAAUUUGUAAAUGCAUCAUAUUAUGAAUCUCGAAAUAUGACACGUGAUGAUUAUUUUACAUUAUUACGUACACCAUAUUGUAUACCAAAACCAUAUCUAGGUGUACAAGGUGUUAAAAAAUGGAUAAUAACAAUAAUAUUAGUUUGUUUUCUAAUAUGUGGUCUUAUUGGAAAUAUAUUAUCAGCAACAAUUAUGUUUCGACGUUCACGUCGUGGUCUUUCAUCAUAUUUUUAUUUAGCAUUAUUGGCUAUUAUGGAUAUAUGUGUACUCUAUACAGGUUGUCUUUUAUUUAUGUUUGAUACUGGAUUUGGUUAUCAUCCUGAAUCGAAUUCAACAAUCAAUUGUCGUUUAGGUUCUUACAUAAGACAUUUAGUUACAUAUUUAUCAGCUUGGCUUAUUGUUGCUGUUACAUUUGAACGUUUUAUAGUUGUUCGUUUUCCACUUCAAUCUGUUCAUAUAUGUCGAAUGCAUGUUGCAUAUGGUAUAACAUUAAUUAUCUUUAUAUUUUUUUCAUUUUAUACAACACAUUGUUUUUUUACAAUGAAUAUUAAACGUAUAACUUUACAAACAGAUGAUGGUUAUCAUCCAAAUUUUUUUGUUUGUGAUCUUGAAAAAUUCAAUCGUUUAUUAGCAUUUAUUGAUUUAUGUUUUUAUAGUGUUAUACCAUCAAUAUUAAUUAUUAUUUUUAAUACAUUAAUUAUAUCAACAAUGUUUUAUGCUAUUAGACAAAGAAGAACUUAUUUACAAGCAAGUAGUUGUUUACCAACAACGGAUACAAGUCAAAGAAAUCAUAAUCAAAAAACUAAAAGUUCAUCUUCAAUUCGUGCACCAUUUUUUCGUAGUCGAUCAGUAGAAUCAUCACCUGCUGCUCGUUCAUUUAUUUCACAUGGUCGUGUAUAUCAUAAUGGUUUAAAUAAAAAUAAUUUUCAACAAAAAUCUCAACAAAUAUUAUAUGAUUCAACAAGUGCAACAGGAAUACGUUUAACAUGUUCAUUAUUAAUAAUAUCCUUUGUAUUUGUUCUUUGUACAUUACCAGUUUCAAUGCGUCAAUUAAUAGCUGAUCUUUUUCCUGAAUAUAAAUCAACAACACAUUGGCAAAUAACAGGAGUUAGUUUAACUGUUUUAAUGUAUUUAAAUCAUACAGUUAAUUUUGUACUUUAUUGUUUAACUGGUCGAGCAUUUCGACGUGAAUGUCGAAAACUUCUUAGUGAGUUAUGGAGAUUAAAAGAUAUUCGUAUAUCAUGUAUUAUAAAUUCAAAUGCGGAUAAACAUCAUCAUUAUCAUCAACAAAUGAGUCAUAGUAAUCGAAAUCGUAUAAUCAUUCUAGAAAAAGGACCUCAACAGCGUAUGAAAAGAUCAUGCUUACAAAAAAAACAUGAAUUUUAA